CGUUUCAAUUUUACUUGCUAUCUAUUUGUCUUGUUUUCUUGUAUCAGGAAGCCGCCGUCAUCUGCUGUGCUUGUGGCAUCCACAAUGUUUGUGGUUUUCCUUUGGAAUGUUUGUCUUUCAUUUUAUGUCUUUGCCAUUCAUCUGUCUAUCCGUCCAUCCAUCCAUCCACCCAAACAAGCUGUGAUCCUCUGACGUGCAUGUUUUUUUUGUAUAAACACCCUCCAUAGUCUAUCUUUUUCAGGCCUAGCUCUACCAUCAGCUCGACAUUACAAAUCACAAAGCACAAACCUCUUCAAAACGGCAACCCGCAAUACUAACACACCCUCCAAGUCAGAUUUUUGCAGGAAUCUUGAAGAUUUACCGGUGAACAGGCAAAGAAUCGGGCAGCUCCUGGGUCUCCAGUGUGGCUGCACUGCAGCACACACAUUAUGCAGGGUGACCGGAACCGGUUGAAACCGGUUUGAGGCAGACGAGGAGGCUGGGAAACAAUACAGUCACUGUGCUACAGGCAGAUAGCCGACUGCUUCAUGGCAUGCAAAAUGGCAAACGGGUCUUCAGAUGUGAUGUGAUGUGAUGUGAUCCGGCCCACCUCACCGUCUUUGCACAUGUUAAUGCAUAAGGGAAGGCAGGCAGCCAUUAACGUGGCUAACAUGAAAACUUUGUAGAAAUGUGGUGCUGGGUCACUGCAUACUGUGGUGCAUCCUGGUCACCAUCCAAAAUGACCGUGGAGUGCCGUAUCUCCUGGUGGAGUGUUUCUUGAUGGGCCCUUCCUUGUGCAAAAAGUGGAUUUUUUUCCUCUGCUGUAAGGGAGGAGGGAGGUGGUGAUGGUGUUUUGUUGUGGAGGUGGAGAAGAGAGAAAAACAUUAAGAAUAAAGGAAGGAAGAAAGGAAGGAAGGAAGAGAGAAGGGAAACAAGAUUGCUUUGCCGUUGGUUUGUCGGGACGCCGAGGGUUUUAGCUCAUUUUCACAAGACCAUGGGUGACAUGAAAACCCCAGACUUUGAUGACCUGCUUGCGGCCUUUGACAUACCUGAUAUGGUCGACCCUAAGGCCGCCAUUGAGUCUGGCCAUGAUGACCAUGAUGGACAACUCAAACACAAUGUUCACCAUGAAGAAGACUCCCAUGUGACCUCUGGUGCAGACGUUGGGGUUAGUGUUAUUGUCAAGAACGUCCGAAAUUUUGAUGCUAGUGAACAUGCUUUCUCAGAAAAAGAUGGCCACCCCCCUGUUGGAAAUGGACUGCACAAUGGUUUCUUGCCCAUGUUACCCAACAACAGAUACAGUAAGGAAAGCGACAAGCUUCAAAGGAGUGAAAUUCAUGGAAUGGCGGGAAACAUCUCCACAUUUAAUCAGUUUAGUCCCAUCUCUAGUGCUGAGGAGUUUGACGAUGAUGACAAGAUCGAAGUAGAUGACCCUGUGGACAAACAAAAUAGUUUACCUCUCAGACCGAACCCUUUAACAGGUCUGAGCACAAAGACAGAAGAGCCCCGUUGUCAACACACCAAACCUGCCAUAGCAGAUGGCCCAUCACGGCCUAAAACAAAUGGCACCUACAAUCAUUUGAAAGUUGAAAAUAAUAGUGCCAAUGGCUCCUUGGGAAAAGCAAAACUUUGUAAUCCUCAAAAGACUAGAAAAACAGAGGAGCAACCCAGAGAAAACUCCAGAUCCCAAGAUGCAAAACAGCAUGGAGAGCCAGUGGCUGGGUUGACUGCAUCCAAGGCUAAAUCAUCAUCAAAGCUCUCAUCCUGCAUUGCUGCAAUUGCUGCCCUUAGUGCAAAAAAAGCUAACAUAGAAUCAAAAUCUCCAGAAUCCCUUGCCGCACCUCAAGAUUCACCCAGAGAAGCGAAAGAGAUCCCAAGAGUUACAGAGAAGCCCCCAGAACAGGAGUCAGCUUUGGAGCUCCCUAAGAAAGUGCUCUCCAAACAGCCGGAAAGCCCUUGCAGUGUUACGAGUGAAAGCAGUAGCAAAGGUUCUCCUUCAUCUCCAGCAGGAUCCAUCCCAGUCAUUCCUAAAGUCCGCAUCAAAACCAUCAAGACAUCUUCAGGGCAGAUCAAGAGGACAGUUACGAGAGUCCUGCCAGAGUUCGAUCCUGAAGGCUUAAACAAAGGUGUUGAAUCUCCAUCCAAUGUUGUCUCAUCCCUGUUGUCCUCUUCAACCUCACCCUCUGUUUUCUCAUCUCCCACCAAAAUAUCUCUACCCACCACAGUAGUAGCAACUUCUACAGGCUCUGCCAAUGAGGUAACAAAACAAAUGACCAUCAAGCCAGUGGCCACUGCCUUCUUACCAGUCUCAGCCGUCAAGACGGCAGGCUCCCAAGUGAUCAACCUGAAACUUGCCAAUAAUACGACGGUAAAAGCCACUGUCAUACCGGCGGCAUCCGUUCAGAGUGCCAGCAGUGCCAUCCUCAAAGCGGCUAAUGCCAUUCAGCAACAAACUGUCAUGGUGCCUGCUUCCAGCCUAGCCAACACCAAACUUGUGCCAAAGACUGUGCACCUAACCAACUUAAAUCUCCUGCCCCAGAACGCAUCAGCAGCUGACCUCCACCAGGUACUGACUAAGCCCCAGCAACCCAUCAAGCAAUCCAUGUUGGCCCAACAACAGCAGAAGAAGGUGUCUCGGGUUCAAGUUUUAACCAGCUCCCAGAGCUCAGUGGUGGAAGCCUUCAACAAAGUUUUAAGUAGCAUUAACCCCGUGCCAGUUUAUGUACCCAACCUCAGCCCUCCGUCUGCAGCCUGUAUAUCUUUACCAUCUCGUGGCUACAAAUGCUUGGAAUGUGGUGAUUCUUUUGCUCUGGAAAAAAGCCUCACUCAGCAUUAUGAUCGUAGAAGUGUCCGCAUAGAAGUCACUUGUAACCACUGCGCCAAGAACCUGGUCUUUUACAACAAGUGUAGCCUUUUGUCACAUGCUAGGGGCCACAAAGACAAAGGUGUUGUCAUGCAGUGUUCACAUCUCAUUUUGAAGCCAAUUCCAGCUGACCAGAUGAUCUUGGCACCAUCCGUAACCUCCACUGCUCCCACGUCUUCAACUAACCUUGGAUCCUCCACAGGGGGGAGUCAGGGGAAAGGAAACACAACCACAGUGAUUUCUGCUCCUUCCUCUGCCCCUGUUAUGGCUGCCAUGCCCUUGGAUAAGGACGCCUCCAAGGUCUGCAGAUCGAGUCUAAAGUGUAUGGAGUGUAAUGAGACAUUUCAGGAAGAGUCAUCACUUGCAAUGCACUAUCAACAGGCUGUUGAGUCUGGUGGACAGCAGAAAACCUGCACCAUUUGCCAAAUGCUGCUGCCAAACCAAUGUAGUUUUGCUUCCCAUCAACGGAUUCAUCAGCAUAAGUCUCCAUAUAUCUGCCCAGAGUGUGGAGCUAUUUGUCGAUCUGUACAUUUCCAGUCUCAUGUGACCAAGAACUGCCUGCACUACACGCGCCGAGUUGGUUACCGCUGUGUACACUGUAGCGUCAUCUUCGCUGAUGUUGCUGCUUUUAAGUCGCACAUUCAGGGAUCCCACUGUGAAAUCUUCUACAAAUGCCCCAUCUGCCCCAUGGCUUUCAAAUCGGCCCCCGGUACACAUUCUCACGCCUAUACCCAGCAUCCAGGAGUUAAAAUCGGAGAGCCCAAGUUGAUCUACAAGUGCUCAAUGUGUGACACUGUGUUCACUCAGCAGACCCUGCUCUAUACACACUUCGACCAGCACAUAUCUAAUCAGAAAGUGUCUGUCUUUAAGUGUCCUGACUGUUCGGUGCACUACGCCCAAAAGCAGCUCAUGUUGGAUCAUAUCAAAUCCAUGCACGGGACCUUAAAGACAGUAGAGGGCCCUCCAAACCUGGGCAUCAAUCUCCCUCUCAGCUCCAAACCGACUAAUUCAAUGAGCCCCAACAACAAGGAAGGCGGUUCUGUCAAACACCCUGAGAAGGGAGAGAAGAAGCUGUCAUCACCUACAAAGAAGAACAGUAAUGGGUCAGACCUUCCCAAAAAAAAACCAACCUCUUCUUCCUCUCCUGGAUGGACGUGCACGGAGUGUGACCGCCUGUUCACGCAGAGAGAAGUCUUCAUCGCACACAUGAAAAGGGAACAUGGGAAGCAACUCAAAAAGCAUCCUUGUCGACAGUGUGAAAAGUCCUUUAGUUCCUCUCACAGUUUAUGCAGACACAACAGAAUCAAACACAAGGGCCUCCGGAAGGUCUACUCGUGUCCACACUGUCCAGAACCCAGUCGCACGUUCACGAAAAGGCUGCUGCUGGAGAAACAUAUCCAGUUAAUGCACGGCAUCAAAGACUCGGAAGUCAAGCUUCCGGCAGAUUCCAGCAUCACGCAGGCCACAGAGGACAAAGAGCAGGUACCCAGUCCUAAACGCAAGCUUAGCUCUGAAGUUGAGGAACAUGAAGUCGGAGAUGGGCCCGGAGAUGAUGGAACACCCGUACAGCGCGCCAAGACCUCAACUUCGCAGCCUCUAAAGAAGCUAAAGAUCAACGUGUUCAAGACGCACAAAUGCGCAGUGUGCAGCUUCACCACCGAAGACAUUGUGCGCUUCCACGAGCACAUUCCCCAGCACAAGACCGACGUCUCAUCCCACCAGUGUCGCGAGUGCGGCCUGUGCUACACCUCGCACCGUUCCCUCGCACGACACCUGUUCAUCGUGCACAAAUUGAAGGAGCCGCAAGGAAUCGGACGUCACAACGGUCAACAGGAAAACACGCCGAAUCCCGAGGUCAACGACGGAAUCCCGGAUACUCAGUGUAAAGUGUGCUCGAAAACUUUCGAAACGGAGGGAGCCGUGAACACACACAUGCGGACACAUGGGAUGGCGUUCAUAAAGUCCAAACGGUUGAGCGCGGCAGAGAAAUGAGAAAGAGGUGGUGCCCCCUGGUGGCCGGAAGAAAUUAUUAGUUACAUGUUUGUAGGAGUCAUAUUUCUUUACUCUUGCCUCUUUGUAUGCUCAUCUGAUGUGCAUACCUAUACAUAUAUAUAAAUACAAAUAUACAUAUAUAUGAAAUGUAUAAAUCUAUACACACAGAACGUGUGUGUUUGUUUAAAGAUGUGUAAUAUAUUCAAAUCCGAUUUAUGUGUAUUUAAUUAUCUAUGAGAACACAUUUUGUAUACUUUAUGAUAGAUGUUUGUAUGGCUGUUAGAUCUUUUUUAUAGAUCCUUUUUAUUUCACUUUUAGACGGUUCUCAUUGUUUUUUCGUGGGUCGUACAAAUGGGAUACACGAGUAAUUGCUGCUAAAAAUGCCCGGAAUGUCACAUUACAACUUUUCUCUUAGUGAGACAAUCACUACAAAACCUACACGUCAAGUAGGAAUUGCAUUUCCCGAAGCAGUCGAAAAUGGCAGGUGUUAAAUGCGUUUCUGUUUUGUGAAUUAGUCGUCCGUUGAAAAACAAUAUAUGCUAGAGUUUCAAUAUGUCAAGCACUGCCAUCAGAAGUGAUGUUAAAUAUUUGUGCUUUCUUUAAGGUGCUGAACACUGAUGCCCCAAAAAUUUUUGCUAUCAUUACUUUAUUUUAUUCCUCAGGCAAAUUGUCUCAAAUCAUAACUUAAGUUAUGGGUUAUGUUCGACUACAUUAUGACUACAAACACUUAUUAUUUAGAGGUAGAUUUCGAAUGUCCCUUAUGUAGUUAUGGGAUUAGAAAUGACUUUGCACGGCCGGUUUGUGACAAUUUCAAUGAAAUGUAUCUAGUAUCCACUCAGUUUAGCUUUAUAGACGUUUAAUUUAAACCAAAGUUCUCCCAAUUAUUUGUGCGUUCCAAUGCAAGACACCUCACUUAGUUUUGUGUUUUCUCAUUCUUGAAAUGAGUCAAUUGUAAGCGCUUAUAUCCUACUGUGUGUUCAAGUGCCUGUGGUGCUUGAAAGCCAAGCGUAGAUUAGACAUCGACGUCUCUAGUUUAGUUCAUGGGUUAGUCAAUCACCAAGCGAAGCGUCAUGGAAACGUCUCAAAAGUGUGGAGUUCCUCUGACUCACUUACUCAGAAACUAUGUUGAAAUAGGAACAGUAAGUCCUGCCUUCACUAUAAAUGAAUGUUUUGCUCGAAUUUGAAACAAGUUGUUUCUUUGUCUUUGUUUUUCUCAUAAUGUUUCCAUUAAAGUUGUUGGCUGUAAUGCAGCAUUUUUUUUUUCUUUGAUGAACUCAACAAUUGAAACUUAAGUUCUGCCGUUCCAAGAUUUCUUUUUGUUUUCAAUGUUCUUGUUUAUCCUCAACAUCUUUUUGGUUUGUUUACCUUUUUUUAUUUGUGAGUAUGCAUACGUGCAUGAGAGAAGCCAUUAAUGGUGGUUGUUCUAUUUUACAGAAUGUCUUUGCUGCUGUUCGGUAGAUAUGUUUGUGCAUAAAAACAAGUUAUCAUUAAUAAAUGAUACACAAAAUAU